AUGGAGGACGUGCCCAUUGUCCUGGUCCUGAGAGUGUUUACCGGGCUCCGGAGCCUGUUUCCAUGGCAACGCAAGGUGGAGCGGGCGGGGGGUGGAUGGGGGGCUGGAUGGGUGGUGGAGGGGGGGUGGAUGGGUGGUGGAGGGGGGGUGGAUGGGUGGUGGAUGGGGGUAGAUGGGUGGUGGAUGGGUGGUGGAUGGGUGGUGGAUGGGGGGUGGAGGGGGGGUGGAUGGGUGGUGGAUGGGGGUAGAUGGGUGGUGGAUGGGUGGUGGAUGGGUGGUGGAUGGGUGGUGGAUGGGGGGUGGAUGGGUGGUGGAUGGGGGUAG